AAAAAAUAAAAUGAAAAUUGAUUAGUCACUAUUAAUAAUUUAUAACCUUAAACAUUUUGAGAAUUCCUUGAGUAAUCUAGACAUAGCGUAAGUCAAGGGGAAAAGAAUAUUUUUUGGACCACAGAUUCUGUGGUCAGACUAGCAUUACCAUUGUCUGUAUAAACUCAAGCUAAUGGCCAGAUAUUUUCCCACACUGCCAAGCUAAACCCUUUAUUGGCUCUUAGAAAAGAUUCAAACAUGGGUUACCCUUGAACAUAUUCACUUACUCAUUAAAUUGUGGAGCAUUCGACCACUGCCACCUGAGGAGUGGGCUUGGGAAGGAAGAGGUCACCAUGCUCGGAGCUUCGCUCACAAGCGUCUGCCUCCUCUUGCCCUCCCCCCCGGGAAUGACCAUGGAUAAAAGUGAGUUGGUACAGAAAGCCAAACUUGCCGAGCAGGCCGAGCCCUAUGACGACAUGGCUGCAGCCAUGAAGGCCGUCACGGAACAGGGGCACGAACUCUCCAAUGAGGAGAGAAAUCUGCUCUCCGUUGCCUACAAGAACGUGGUGGGUGCCCUCCGCUCUUCCUGGCGCGUCAUCUCCAGCACUGAGCAGAAAACUGAGAGGAAUGAGAAGCAGCAGCAGAUGGGCAGAGAGUACCGGGAGAAGAUAGAGGCCGAACUGCAGGACAUCUGCAAUGAUGUUCUGGAGCUGUUGGACAAAUAUCUUAUUCCCAAUGCUACACAACCAGAAAGCAAGGUGUUCUACUUGAAAAUGAAAGAUUAUUUUAGAUACCUUUCUGAGGUGGCAUCUGAAGAUAAUACCACUGUGUCGAACUCCCAGCAGGCUUACCAGGAAGCAUUUGAAAUUAGUAAGAAAGAAAUGCAGCCUACACACCCAGUUCGACUUGGCCUGGCACUGAAUUUCUCAGUCUUCUCUGAGAUUCUAAACUCUCCUGAAAAGGCUUGCAGCCUGGCAAAAACAGCAUUUGAUGAAGCAGUUUCUGAAUUGGAUACACUGAAUGAAGAGUCUUACAAAGACAGCACCCUGAUCAUGCAGUUGCUUAGAGACAAUCUCACACUGUGGAUGUCGGAAAACCAGGGAGAUGAAGGAGAUGCUGAGGAGGGAGAGAACUAACGUCUGUUGUGCUUCGUGAUCUGUUCAAUGUCACUCUGUACCCUCCACAUAUAUCCCUUUGUGUGAUUAAAAAAAAAAAGUCAUACGUUGACUUUGAAUUUUUCACAGCCUCAGCUAGCAAAAUGGUCCAUGGGAUAAACAG